GCCCGUCGGGGGCCUUUUCUGGUCCAAGGCGGUUCAAGAUGGCGGCGGAGGGACUUCCGGUGGGCGCCGAGGAGGGCCGCCGGGGCUCCGGGGACGGCACCGACUCCCCGCCGUCGCCGCCGCCGCCGCCGCCGCCUUGGGGCGGGAGCGGGCGGGAAGGGGAGGCGGAGGCGGUGGCGGCGGGCUGGAUGCUGGACUUCAUGUGCCUCAGCCUCUGCCGCGCCUUCCGCCAGGGCCGCCUGCAGGACUUCGAGCGGAGCCGCGACACCGCCGAGGCUAUUAUCCACGGACUAUCCAAGUUAUCAUCCCAUCAGCGGAGAACUAUAUACAUAUGUCAGUUUUUGACCCGAAUUGCCGAAGGAAAGACACUGGACGCUCAGUUUGAAAGUGACGAGCGAAUCACGCCGUUGGAAUCGGCCCUGUCGAUUUGGUCUUCGGUUGGAAAAGAUCAAGUCCUGUCGGACAAACUUUCUGAAGAAAUCCGGGAUUUAAUUAAAAUUCAGGCUGUAGCCGUCUGCCUGGAGAAAGGCAACAUCAAGGAGGCCGAAGAAGUUCUCGAAAGAGUCUUUGGCGAAAGCAACCCGAACUCGCCCGACCUCGACGUGGGAGACAGCGGUCGUUCCAAGACAUCGUCUCUUAAACUGAAGCUGCUUACGAUCAUCAGCCGGAAGGACCCCUAUCACCCGUUCCUUCAGCACUUCAGCUACCCCUGCAUGAUGGAGAAAAUCAAGUCUUUCGUCGACCUGAUCAUCCACGAGAAGGCGUCGGGCUUUCUCGUCAGGGAAGCCACAAAAGUAGUAGACAAUCAGAGAGCCCAAACGCAACCUGAUGGUGAUGAAAUUACAGUGUUCAGCGAAAAUAAUUCGGCAACAGAAGAAAGUAAUAACGCGAAGGAACCUCCAGCUCCCGAAUCUCCGGAAGAAAAAUCCUUGUCCUUAGGGAGGUCUUGUCGGAAUCUCCUCUUUCUAUCGCAAGGCAGAUUUGGUAGCCCUCAGCGGCAGGAUGGGAAUGAGAAGAGGACCGGAAGAACCGAAGCUUUCCGCUGCAGACAAUACGAGAACCCUGCGGGUAAAAGGAAAAACAGGAGAAACUCCGUAUUUGCCAAGAAGAGUAAAAAAGCGACCUCGCCUGAGAAAUUCCGCUCCAGGAAAAAACAAAUGUGGAGCUGGGAAGAAGACAUGCAGCUGAAGUCGGGGGUGAGGAAAUACGGCGAAGGGAACUGGACUAAGAUCCUCUUUCACUACCAGUUCAACAACCGGACCAACGUCAUGUUGAAAGACCGCUGGAGGACUCUGAAGAAGCUGGAUCUGGUUGACCUGGAAUCGGAACCGACCAACUGACCGGGGUGAUGGUAAAAAAGGUCGCGGUCGACUUGGCGAAGAGAGAGGGAUCGGGCCCGACGGGUUGGUUUUCCGUUUCGUAGCCGACGGUGCUCAAGGAAACAGUAUCUUAUAAGCAAUAGUAGCUUUUUCUGCGGAGCCGAGGGGUCGGCCGCUUCGUCUCCGGCCUUUGCGGGUCUGCGUGCGGCCGAACCCGGGAUCGUUUUCCUCGGCGUCUUUGCGGUUGCCACUUCUAACGCCGCGGUCGCCGGAGAAGGCCGUUCCGAGACGUAAAUCCCGUAUUAGCCCCGACAGCCUCCCGCGGUGUGCGUACGGACCGCUCGCCCACUCUACCGGAACGGUGGGGAGAGAAGUCGGAGCGAUCCGACGGAGGCCUUCUAGCCGAGCGGAGGGUCGGGCGGGGAUGGGCGACGAGAGGCUCGGACCGCGUCGUCCCCUGAUGGGUCGAGGCCGCUCUGUCUGUUCAGACGGACUGGUUUCCGACCUCGAGCGCUAGAGCUACUCUCCACGGGAGAGGAUCGAAAGGAGACGGUAUCCAAAUCUGAGCGGGUCGGGUGGAAGGGCUAAAACCCUACCUAUUUAAACGGAGGAGACUUCCCGUCGGAGGCCGCGCGGGAAGUGUCUUCUUCUGUCCCGGCACCCGCAGCUUUAGCCGAGAUGAUUUUAGGCAGCACGUCGGCCCAUCUGGCCGAAUUGAACAGCACGUGAACGGCAAACACUACGGCGACUCUCCGCGUCCUUUGACGUUGAGCUGUCACGUCGGGCGCCUCAGGCGCCCCGGGGAGAUCUGCCCCUGAAUUCAGUUUUUCAUUUUCCUCCGACGGUAAUGGGUCAGGACAGGUCACGCGGCCUCAGUGCCCCUCUCUGAUCUCUCGCCAAGGUUUCGUUCUCGAGACGGCUCCGUCCGAGAGGCACGUAGGCUUGCCGGCAAGCGUGAUUGCACGCAGUUAGUUUGUCUGGCUCAGGCUAUUUUUGUUCUAAAGUUAGCAAACUAGGAAAAGUCAGCAUCUAGGAUCGCCUUUAUAAAGUCGAAACAUGCGAUCUCGCUUGUAGUUUGAAGGUUGUCUUUAAGAGCCUCCGUUAGAAGAACCGUAGAGGCAUUCUGUGUGUUUUUGUUUCCGUUUUCAUUAAAGAUUUCACUCCAGCACCUUCCUACAAGGAGGGUAUGUAGUA